UGUGGUCAAUUGCGGAUGCUGAUUUAAUGAAUCGUUCGCUCGCGCGUUGUGUUCAUAAAAGUACAAAAUCGGACCCGCUUGUGCAUACGUGUGAAUCGGUCUCAGUUUAUAUGUUAAAAAUAGUGUUUGGUCGUUGACGAACUAUCGUUCGAGAUCAAUAACCAUGCCGGAACUAACUGAACUCGAUAAAGCCAUGAGCUCUGAACCUACCAAGAUUGAAGCAGCAGCAGCCGGAUCUGGAACUGACUCGGACUCUGAUGAUACUGUCCCAGAAUUGGAUGAUGCACGUGCAGGUGGCACCGUGGGUUUUCCAGGAACAACAGUUGCUGGUCUUCCCCUUGACAUGGUAUCUAAGGCUAAACAAAGUCGUGGGGAGAAGAAGGCUAGAAAGCUCAUGAGUAAAUUAGGAUUAAAACCUGUUCAAGGGGUUAACAGAGUAACUAUUCGUAAAUCAAAGAAUAUUUUGUUUGUAAUUAACAAGCCAGACGUACUGAAGAAUCCAGCAUCAGAUACAUACAUUGUAUUUGGUGAAGCUAAGAUUGAAGAUCUCAGUCAACAAGCUCAAGUAGCAGCUGCCGAGAAGUUCAAGGAACCUCCAGUUAUUCCAGCAACUGAAGCUGGUGGCAGUACUACUGUUGUUGCACCUAUACAAGAGGAAUCAGAAGAAGAAGUUGACGAGACAGGAGUUGAAGAAAAGGACAUUGACUUGGUAGUGUGUCAAGCCAAUGUGUCUCGAGGGAGAGCCAUUAAAGCUCUUAAAAAUAAUAAGAAUGACAUUGUCAAUGCUAUUAUGGAAUUGACAAUGUGAUAAAACUGCUUAGCAGUAGGGUGCGCUACGUCCAUUGUAGUCCGCAUCGUGAAAUCUUAUUUUAUCAUCUGCGUCAUCUGGAAAAAAACAUCAUCCUUCUUUUUGUCUCAUUACAUUGAAAGGAUAAGCUCGAUUACUAAGAGAUCAGAGUUCGCACGGAGAUCGUGAAACUUGUCUCGGAAAAAUCAUGUAUAUACAUAAUUCAUAUGAAAAAAAUAAAUACACUAAGGAUA